AUGCGGCAUAGGAAAGACUAUUUGCAGAAGAAAUUGAUUUAAUAGAAAAUAUUCAAGGUAUUUUUACAAUAGAAAAUGGAUUAUAAACAAAUUUCGCAAAAGGAUUAAAAGGAGAUGAUUUUCAUGAAAGAGACUUAUUAUAUGGGAAUAAUUUAAAACCUGUAAUUCCUCUUAAAAAAUAUAUACAAUUGCUUUUAUAAGCUUUGGAAGUUUAAAUUGAGUAUAUAAUAAUAGGAUUUCAUAAUGAGAAUAUUAUUAGUGGCUUCGAUAGUGUCAAUUGUUAUAGGAGUCUCAACAGCAGAUGAUGAUCAUCGUUCAUUAGCUUGGAUAGAAGGAUUUGCUAUAUUUAUAGCAGUUUUUGUAUGUUGUAAUGUGACAGCAAUAAAUGUAUAAAUAUAUGCAAUAGUUAGGAUUAUUAGAAAGAAAGACAAUUUUAAAGUUUGAAUUAAAUGGCUGACAGCAGAAAAACAGUAACAGUUUGGAGAGAUGGAAGCAAGAUUGAUUUACAUUAGAGCUUGGUUAUGGUUGGUGAUAUAAUUUAAAUCUUUGAAGGAAUGGAAAUACCAGCUGAUUGUUUUGUUAUAGAGGCAGCAGAAUUAACAGCUGAUGUAUAAUAAUUAUAAUAUGUAAAAGAAAAGUGCAAUGAAAGGUGAAACAGAUCCUAUAAAAAAAGAUACAUAUGAGAAUUGUAAAAAGUAAAGAAAUAAAUUGAGAGAUCAAUAGAAUGAAUUGGGUAGACAUGAUAUUCCAUCUCCAGUUAUGCUGAGUGGUACAAAAGUAUUAUCAGGUGAAGGGAGAAUAGUAGUGGCAGUAGUUGGAGAUUCAAGUUGUGUUGGCAAAAUCUCUUCUUUGCUUGCAACUGAAGAAGUAUAAUCGACACCUUUAUAAGAGAAAUUAGAAAUAAUUGCUUAAGAUAUUGGAAAGUUUGGAUUAAUAAGUGCAGGUUUAAUUUUAUUUAUUUUGUUAUUGAGAUUUACUAUAGAAAGAAUAUAAAGAAGAUUCAUUUGAAAAGGAUCAUAUUAAAGAAAUGCUUAAUUUCAUUAUAAUUUCAAUUACAGUAAUUGUUGUAGCAAUACCAGAAGGCUUACCCCUUGCUGUAACACUUUGUUUAGCUUAUUCUACUAAGAGAAUGUUAAAGGAUAAUAAUCUAGUUAGAAAAAUGGCUGCUUGUGAAACUAUGGGAGGAGCUUAUAUGGUAUGCUCAGAUAAAACAGAAACAUUGACAUAGAAUAAAAUGUUUAUGGUUAAGAUUUGGAAUGAUACAUUAAUGGAUAUUGAUGCAUAUAAUGAGUAAUUAAAUUUAAGUAGUUACUUACCAAUUCAAAUGCACGAAUUAUUCAUUUAAUCAUCAAUGGUUAAUGGAACAGCUAUGAUUAGACCAGAAGAAAAAGGAAGUAAAACAGAAGUAGCUAUGAUUUUAUUUGCAGAAAAAUGUGGCAUAAUUUAUGAAAAGGAAAGAGAUAUACAUCAAGCAACUAUGAAGAUCCCUUUUUCGAGUAAGAGAAAAAGGAUGGCAAUGAUUAUUGGUGGCAAAAGAUUGGUUAUUAAAGGAGCUAGUGAAAUUAUUUUAGAAGGAUGUAAUAAAUUACACUCUAAAUCAAAGGGAAUUAUCUCUAUUGAUUCAUCAAUUAGAAAUAGUAUUGAGUCAUCCAUAGAAGAAAUGGCUUCAUAGUCUCUUAGAACUAUUGGAUUAGCAUACAAAGAUCUCAAUGGUAAUGAAGAUCUUGUAAACAAAAAUGAUAAAGGUGUUUAUGAUAUAGAAACUUAAGAUCUUACAUUAAUUGCUUUAGUAGGAAUUAAAGAUAUUCUUAGAGCUGAAGUACCAGGUGCUGUAGCUAAUUGUAAAACAGCUGGAAUCAAAGUUAGAAUGGUUACUGGAGACAAUAAAAUCACAGCUAGAGCAAUUGCUAAAGAAUGUGGUAUAUUAAUUGAUGAAAAUCAAUCUCUUGUUUUAGAAGGACCUGAUUUUGUAAAUAGAAUUGGUGGAAUAAUUUGUAAAUGGUGUCGAAUACCAACAUGUGAUUGUCCAAGAGAUCAAUAAACUGCCAAAUAAUUAGGUAAAUAGAUUAGAGUUGAUACAAUUUAAAAUGGGGCAGAAUUCGAUAAAAUAUAUCCUUUUUUAGAUGUGUUGGCUAGAAGUAGACCUGAAGAUAUAUAUGCACUUGUAACAGGUCUUUUGGAACGAGGACAUGUUGUAGCAGUAACAGGUGAUGGUACUAAUGAUGGUAAAUUCUAAAUUAUUUUAUUUUACUAGCUCCUGCAUUAAAGAAAGCUGAUGUGGGUUUUGCAAUGGGGAUAGCAGGAACUGAAGUAGCUAGAGAAAGUGCUUCGAUUAUUUUAUUAGAUGACAAUUUUAGUUCAAUUGUAAAAGCUGUAUUAUGGGGAAGGAACAUUUACGAUUCAAUAAAGAAAUUUUUAUAGUUUUAAUUGACAGUGAAUGUAGUUGCUGUAGCAUUGACACUUAUAUCUUCUGUUUUAAUAAAAUAAGAAGUUUUAAAACCAAUAUAAAUGCUUUGGGUUAAUUUGAUAAUGGAUACAUUUGCAUCAUUAGCUUUGGCCACUGAAACUCCAACUCCAGAGUUAUUAUAGAGAAAACCUCACAAUAGAAAUGAAUACAUGAUAUCUUCGAAGAUGUUUAAACAUAUUAUAGGAUAAGCCAUUUAUCAAAUGAUUAUAAUGUUAACGCUUUUAUUUUCUGCACAAAGUUUUGUUCCAGAGUUUAAGGGAUAAGAAGAUGAAUCAUAAGAUUAUAUAGGUAAUUUAUAAUUCAAAUAUUCAAAUACUUACUUUGAUGAAUCUAUUAAACUUCAUAUUUGUCCUAAUUAUUAAGAUUAUUGUAAUCUUAUUUCUUUCAGUACAGAUUAUUAUAUAAAUGGGUCUGAAAAUUAUGAAACCUUUUAUAAAGAGACUUAUAUUCCUUCGAGAUAGUUUACUGUUAUCUUCAAUACUUUUGUAAUGAUGCAAUUAUUUAAUUUUAUAAAUGCUAGAAGAAUUAGAGAUGAACUCAAUAUCUUUUAGGGUAUAUUAACUAAUAUUUUAUUCCCUAUUAUUGUUUUUGGUAUACUUACUUUAAAAAUAAUUAUCGUUACUUUUGGAGGAAUAGUAUUCCACUGCUAUUCAUUUUAUGGGCUUCGUAUUGAAUAGUGGUAUUAACUAAUAAUUAUAUAUAGGUUAAUUUUUAUUGCAUUUGGUGUUGGAAGUUUAGUUGUAAGAUUAAUACUAAGACUAAUUCCAGAUCCAAAACUUUAAUUUCUUAGUAAAUUAAAUGAAAAGCAUAAAUUAAAAAAUCUAAUAUCUCCAUCAAAUACUGUAAAUAAUUAAAAUUAUCAGAUUUAAUUUCUUAGUCCAGAAUCAGAAAUAGAAAACCUCAAUAAUCCAAUUUAAGAACAUCAAAUAUGA